AUGAAUCAAAUUAAAUGUGAAAAAUGUUAAAUUGUUCCUGAGAAAUUUGUAUACUUAGAUUGUGAACAUUCAUUUUGCCUUUCAUGUUUAGCUAAAUUAUUUAAAUAAGUAUAAAAGCAUUAUAAUUAAUCGAUAGCAUGAAAAUUAAAUUUAAUGUAUAACAUGUUUUGACAUAACUAUAUUAGAUGAUGAAACUAUAAAUGCAUUAAUAGAAAUGAAAUUAUAACAAUUAUAACCUCCAGUCAUAAUUCCAUAUACUACAUCAAAAAAAUAAAAUAAUCAAAAAGACUUAAUUUAAAUUAAAGGUCAUCCAUUUAUUGAAAAACUUAAUGUUUCUAUUGAAAAAUGUUUAGAUAAUAUUCGAAUAAUUUAGUUUGAUAAAUAAAAAAUAAGAGAAAUAUCCAACAAAAUUAAAUCAGAUCUUGAAUCAGAAUUUAAAUCUUUGCAUAUAUAUCUGGAUAAUAAACUUGAAGCAUUUAUGAAUGAAAUUUCAAAAUUUGAAACUUUUAAUUCAACAAAUUUAUAAUAAUAAGAAGAGGGAUUCUAAAUUGAUAUUAAAGAAAUGUAAAUAAUGAAAGAUGAGAUUAAAAGCUUAUUAUAAUAAUAAACUGGAAUUUAAAAUGAUAUUGAAUAAUUUAAAAUUAUUCUAAACCAGAUUGAUGAAAUUACAAUCAAAACAAAUUAAUAAUAUUAGAGUCAUAUCAAACAAUUUUAAGAUGAAAUAUAUAAAAUACCACUUAAAUGGACUGAUUUUUCAAGUUCUUAUAAAGCAUUUUUCAAUAGCUUCGAUUCAACAAAACCCUUAUAAGUUUCAUAAUAAUAAUAAUCAUAAUUUAUAACUGCAAAUCGAUUGGAAAAAAUUCAAUAAUCAUUGGUUAAGUAAAUUUAAUAUUAAAUUUUAGUUAAAUCUCUCAUACAAAUGUCAAACCUAUUAAAACAUCUCAUUAGUCUCAUUUAUCUUUAUGUUCUCCUCCAAGAAAUAGUUUUCUUUAAGAUGAACAUUAAAUACCAAGAAAAUCAAGUCGAAUUGAAUUAAUAAGUAAAUUAUAAAGUCCAGGGGAAAUCAGAGUUAAUUCAAUGAAUAGAAGAAACACAAGAACUAUGGUUCCAAAUCUUAAUUUGGCAGGAAUUUCGUUUAUUAAAUGA